AUGAGAAAGGAUACACCAGGUUUUGAAUCCAUUCCUGGGAUGUUGAAAGCUAAAGAUCUGCUGUUACCUGAGCCAAAUGGAACAAGAUAUCUGGCUUCCGCUCAUUGGAAGGCAAUUAUGAACGCUACUAGGAAGCUCAAAGAAGGACACACCCAUACAAAUGCUGCCGAAAGUACAGAUGUGUCUGAUCGAAUUUCGCAAGGGCCAUUCUUGCUUUUGGGAUUGUCAACAAAAAUCAGUACCACAGACCUCCUUGCAGAAUUACCGAGUCGCCAGACUAUUGAUGUGCUCAUAUCGAGAUAUUUCAACUCAAGAGAGCCAUCACUAAUUUUUAUCCAUGGCCCGGCCUUCAGAGACGAGUGCAAUGAAUUCUGGAAGAUGCCAACAAAAGUCUCUCCAGCCUGGUUGGCGCUUCUCUACGGCGUCAUUUCGUGUGCGGUAUGGAUCGGCCACAUCACCGACAUGAGUACUUCAGGGAUAAAUUCCCAGGAACCUGAGCUUUUUAGACUGUACCGCAAGCAAUGUGCUUUAUGUCUCACUGCCUCAAACUACACAGUUCCAGGCCGUUACAAAGUGGAGGGACUUGCUCUCUACUUUGGGCUUGAAUAUCUCACCAGCAGCAACUUGAAGACAAGCGUUUCUAUCCUGCUAGCAAUUUGUAUUCGACUGGCAAUCAUGAUGGGCUACCACCAUGAUGCCCAGUCCUAUUCACACAUCACGGUAUUUGAUGCGGAAAUGCGCCGACGAGUUUGGUUAUUCCUGCAGUCAACCGACUCUAUCGUGUCAUGGCAAACUGGGCUCCCUCGAGUUCUUUUCAGCAAGUUGGGCGACACUUGUUUCCCUCGGAAUCUCUUAGAUGAGGAUUUCGGGCCAAACACUGCAGAGCUACCACACCCACGACCUGAAAUAGAUCUGACUAGCGGAGUCGUCUAUAUGGUAGCUACUGAGCAGGUUCUGUCGGUCACCAGCGAGAUCACAGACAAAAUAUCAACCGGCACACUAUCCCAUGGGGAAACUGUUCGUCUCAGUCAAAAACUCGAAUCCACAAAAGCUCGAAUCCCAUAUCCAUUGCGGCUAUCACAGAUCACAGCUAGUAAAACAUGGAUCGAUAACGGCCUCAAGCUUCAACAAUAUACACUUGAAAUAACAAUCCAACGAGCCACGUGCAUUCUUCACCGACAAUACCUCUUAUCCAAUCGCUAUGAUGAAAAAUACGCAUAUCUUCGCAAUAAUUGCGUGGAUUCUGCGCGGAGAAUACUCAGCUGCCAAGCAGAUUUGUUCCAAGGUGCUUUUGAUCAAGCCUGGCGACAUUCAAGAGUCUGGUUUGGCGCUUCAAUAUCAAUCAGCAAUUGUCUCACAGCCGCCAUGGUCAUUUGCUUUGAGAUAAUUUACGUAUCGCAAGCGGAGAUGAUUCCUAAUGACACAUACCGUGCUGGUUUGAUUGACCUCCUCCGAAGUUCAUAUGAUACUUGGAAAGUCUUUCCCAGGACAUCAUUUGAAAUAUCUAUGGCUGCAGAUGCUAUAGCCACCAUGCUCAAACUUGUGGACUCAUAUGAUACCAAAGAUACACCUUUCACAUCCGUUUCUUCGGUAACCACUGGAUCCCAGAAGGACUAUGAGAAUGCCGAGAACAUUUCCAUUGACCGAGCGGAAGCUGUUACGCUCGGUCCAUUUUCUGAUAUGCCAAACGGCGACUCGGAGUUUGCAAUGUUCGAUUGGGGCCUUUGGGAUCGUGAAAUGUUGGAGAUUAAUAAUGUCAUUGCAAACCACAUUUCUUUUUGA